AUGGAUUGCUUACAUGCAGCCGACUGCGGUCGUCUCGAUAUCAUUAAACAGCUAAUGACAAAAGAGAAUUCAGUGAUAAAUAUGAGACAUAAAGACAAAAGUAAUCGUUCAUUUAAUGUUGGUGGUACGCCAAUUCAUUAUGCAUGUCGAUCCGGACAUUUGGAUGUAGUCAGAUAUCUUUUGGAAAAAGAUCCAUCUCUAAUUGAUAUUAAGGAUAUUGAAAAUUGGACACCAUUACAUUAUGCAUGUUAUAACGGGCAUUUGGCUAUUGUGAAACUAUUGCUUGACAAGAAUGCUGAUACAAAGUCACAAGAUUCAUACCUUUCCAAAACACCAUUGGAAUUUGCUAUGUAUAAACAAUUUAGGGAUAUUAUACAUUUGCUAGAUAAGAAUAUUGAUGAAACGUUAUGGAAACGAGAUUUUAACGAUAUAGCCCGUCAGGGCAAUACGCCAGUAUUUCGAAGACAUUCCAAAUUAUUCCUUGGACGAUAUAAAUUGCAAGAAAAUGAUUUAAAAUGUAUUUUAGAAUUUCGAACAGAUCCGAACCAUGACGCUAUUGAGUUAAACAACGUUUGUGAUGUUGAAUUGAAUGAUCUUAGUGUUAAUAUAAUAUUGAAUCACAAUUUUAGACAACAUGAGGAAAAAACGAAAACUCUGCUGAGUUUAGAUAUGGACCACAAUGAUGGUUUCCUGCGAUCAUCAACAACUUCAACAAACGAACAUAUACUAGUAGUUACCAAGUGUUAG